AUUUUUGUGGGGCAGGUGCCGAAGGACAUGACGGAGGCGCAGCUCCUGGCGAUGUUCAAGGAGGUCGCGCUCGUCGACGAGGUCAACAUCAUCAAGGACAAGACCACCAGGGCCUCCCGAGGGUGCUGCUUCUUGAUCUGCCCGUCAAGGCAGGAGGCCGACAAGGCGGUCAGCGCCUGCCACAACAAGCGGACGCUCCCCGGUGUCUCUAGUCCAUUGCAAGUGAAGUAUGCGGAUGGUGAGCUGGAAAGACUAGAAUACAAACUUUUCAUCGGUAUGCUUCCAAAGAAUGUAACUGAAGCUGAAGUUUCUGUCCUGUUUUCAAAAUAUGGUAACAUUAAAGACCUACAAAUCUUGAGAGGUCCCCAACAAACAAGCAAAGCAGGCUGUGCCUUUUUGAAGUAUGAAACUAAAGAUCAAGCUCUUGCAGCCCUUGAGACCUUAAAUGGGAAAUACAGAAUGGAGGGUUCAAGCAUGCCUUUGGUUGUUAAGUGGGCUGACACGGAGAAGGAAAGGCAAGCUCGAAGGGCACAAAGAGCUCAAUCUCAGGCAUCCAAUCAUCCAAAUACCAACUCAAUACGGCAGCCUUCAUUAUUUGGAGCUUUACCGAUGGGAUAUAUUCCUCAGUAUAAUGGUUUUGGCUAUCAGCCAACUGGAACUUAUGGACUCAUCCAAUACCCUUUAGCUUCAAUGCAAAAUCAAGCUCCGUUCAAUAAUAUGAUUCCACCUGUUAAUCAAGGAAAUACAAUGUGUGGAAUCAGCCCAGAUCUUUCCCCAGGCACAGUGCCCAGGAAUUUUGUGACAAUGCAAUCUGCUGGUUAUAUGGGCUCGGGUUAUCCUGCCAUGCCUGGCGUUCGAUACUCUCUAGCCUAUCCAAGUGGUAUGAUGGGCCACAGGCCCUCUGGCAAUUCCCAUGGCUCGGUCCAACCGGUAAACACCAAGAAUAAUCCAGCAUCAUCUUCAAGCACCAAUACAAGUGCCGGGGGUCAAGCAGAAGGUCCUCCUGGAGCCAACUUAUUUAUAUAUCAUAUCCCCCAAGAAUUUGGCGACCAGGAGCUUUCAAAUGCCUUCCAGGGAUUUGGCAGGGUUUUGAGUGCUAAAGUUUUUAUUGACAAGGCAACUGGUGUUAGUAAAUGCUUUGGUUUUGUAAGUUAUGAUUCACCUGUUGCUGCUCAGGCUGCUAUCAAUGCGAUGAAUGGUUCCCAAUUAGGUGGUAAAAAGCUUAAGGUACAGCUUAAGAGAGACAACAAGCAGAGCAAACCUUACUGAUGCUGGAAGUUCUCUGUAAGGAAACAAAAUUUCCUACAUUAUCUGGCCCUUCCAGUUUCAGAAUUUUAUGACUGCAAGGUCAGCAAUACAAUUCAAGUGGAUGGAACAUAAUUCAUCAUUUAUACUUUGCUCCAUCCCAUCAUGUCUGAAGAAAGCUCUAAGAUGCCUUCUUUUUAGUGGUUAUUCAGCACAGGGUUCAGCUGUUCUGGAUCAAAGUUGCCCGCUAAUUUUCAGUGACCUUAAAUCACUACAUUUGGAGGUCUUCCAGGUAAUCUGCAAAAAAUUUUGGCUAUUGGUGCACCAGGAGAAAUUGUCUUCAUAACUAAAGAGCUCACAACAUUCUGUUGUUUCUACAAGAGGUUGCCAGGCUUGAUUUGUGGUAGUUUCAGAUAACAGGCUUCCCUUGCAACCAGCACAAGAUGAGCAUGAUGAAUUAGCUAUUGGCACCCUGUUCUUCAUGGCACAUAUCAUGUGGUGGACCAGCGCCAGCAAUUGCAAAGUCUGUACACCAGUUCCCACAUCACUGCCCUGAUGGUAACUACUAGGUAGUUCUAUCUGGAAGUGAGUAUUGAGGUCUACAGCUUCUCAAUUCUGGUAGGGAGUUCUUUGCUGCUAUAAUUUCUUUUAUUUUGACAUCAAUUUUUACUUUGGGGUUGGCUUUCUGAUCUUUGUCAGGACGCAUGGUGUGGGAGUGGUUGACUUUUUUGUGUUUCAGCUCAACAACAUUGCCUUGUGAAAGAUUACUUGCAGAUAGGCGGUCAGAAAAAAAUGGACUUCGAUUUAAUGUGGUGUUGGAAGGGGAGUUGGCAGGGCAAGCAAUACAGCUAGAAGAUCUUCUACAGGAUGCUUGGAAUGGUCCUGGGAAUGACAGAGUAAUAUGACAUUGGAAUCAUGCUAAAGAAUUCAGAAGCAAAGUUGCUUACAAGAUUUUAACAUAUAACCGUGUUCAUGCUCAGUUUGCAAAGUCACUUUUGUGCCUACCUUCGGCUUUUGGCCUGCCAUUCAGAAUAAAAUCUUGAGAGGAAAAAAAUAACUUCGCUAAAAAGAGAGUUUUAUGGACAUUUCUUAUGCCUGCUAUGUUGCCAGACCGAUGAAACUUUUGAUUCAUCUUCUGCUAUACAAUGAGAGAUACGGCUCUAUUAUGGA